AUGCCGGAGUUCCCUCUCCUGAAGCUCCUGGUGAAUGUGCCAGUGACCUUUGUUGCUCCGGUGAAGAUGGUGGAGAAGGUAAUGGAGGCGUUGGAGAGGGAUGAGGUGGAGGCGGUGGCGGAGGUGGAGGAGGAGGACAAUGAUGAAGUAAGUGAGGAGUAUAGGAAAGUGUUUGUGAGAGGAAGGUGUGUGAAUUUCUCUCCAAUUGUGGUUAAUGAGUUUUUGGGAAGAAGCACAGAGGCUGUGAUAGAGGGGGAGCCUUACCUUCAUGAAGUUGCUCGCGUCCUCACUGAGAAGUUGGUCAAAAAGUGGCAAAAGAAAGGGUUAUUGCCCUCUGAAAAGCUAACUGCCAAUGUCACUAUUCAACUGGAUAAGUUGAUAUUCUUAGUGGGAACUGGUGCCAAGCUAGAUUUUGGCAACUAUGUGUUUGAAUAUACCAUUAAGCUUGCUGACUCUUUUGUUGUGAAGCUGCCAAUCAUGUUUCUUUUCCUUCUAACAGAGCUUAUUUUGCAGCAACAUUCUGACAUUGUGAGAGCGGAUAAGCCUCAAGGUAAGAAGCCUUUACCUCUUAAGUUUGAUUAUUGUCUGUUUGUUGGGACACAUGUUCUAGACAUUCAGUUGUCUACAAAGGGUGAAGCUAGUGCUAGUCGAUCCAAGAAGGUCACUGGAAACAGUAAGGAGGAUAUCCUUGCUGAGUUGAUUGAAAUUUCCAAGGCUCUCCAAGACAUAAUCCAGGCUAGCAAGGUCAGAAAGCAUAAUGUGGACAAGCUCAUCAGAAUGAUGAUUGAAGAUCCUGCUGCAGGUGGUGAUGAAGAGGCUGAGGAGGAAGAAGGUACUGCUGAAGAGAAUGAGGAGGAUGUUAGUGGAACUCAGUAA